GGUGCUGCCGGCCGUUCGUGCGCGCUCGGCGGGAAAGGCGCGCGAGGUUCAGCGGCGGCGGGCGCUGGGCGCAUCGGCUCCGAUCCGAGAUGGCGGAGGCCUUGAAUGAUUUAAAAAAAGACUACAGACCAAGAUUCUGCCAUGGAGGAGGAAAUAAGAUUGAUCUACGCCAAAGUCAAAACUUAGUGAAACUCAUACGGGAUUGUUUUGAAAGUUACCGCAAAGAUGUUGCAAUGAACUCUCCAAGUUGCUCAACCUGUAUUUUGGAAAAUGAGGAGAGGACUUCAAUGCAGAGCCAAAGGCCCAAGCCAGUGUUGGCCAGCUCUGUGAAAAGAACCAGUAAGUCUCCAGAUACUUCACCUGUGUCACCGCUAAAUCCUGUCAGCAGCAGAGGACAGGCUUGUGAAUCACACGUGAAGUCUGCAACAGAUUAUGUAGCUACUGCUGAAAAAACAGAGUCUUCUGCAUCUAAAAGUGAAGAAAAGAGUACAGUAAAAGAUGUUGAAGCACGGUGCCGGUGUCGGGAUGUGCUUUUGGGCUCUAAGGAUAAUCGUGGAUCUGCUAGAUCACCUCCUCCUGUGGAGGAAGUGAAACGUUCUCCUGUCGUUAAAUUGUGUUUUGAUAACUGGGGAACGCCAGCUGCAGCAGAGAGCCAUGGAGAAGUUAAAAAUUUGGAAGGGCCUCAGCCUGGGAGAGAUGAGCAGGUUCUUCCUGUGCAAGGAACAGAACGUGUUACUGCAUCAUCUGCCAGGACUGAGAAGCCUUUCUCUUCAGCUGUCUUAGCAGCUGUAGCAACAAGAACACUUGGACAGAGAUAUUCAACCUCUGUAUCACCUCCAUCACCUUGUCCUAUGAAACAUCAAGAUACAGAAAUAGAAGAUGAAUGUGAAUUUUUAAUUGAUGAAUCAAGUGAUGCAUCUUCUACAUCUUGGAUUUCAAUACCCACUAAGAAGAAAAAAUCAAAAAGUGGUGGCUCUGCAGCUCCCAUUUCUAAAUCUCAGCCCUCUGAAAAGGAGAAGACUCAGAAUAAGAAAGUCAAGGACAGAAAAGUACAGGUUAAAGCACUUACUAAACAGAAACUGGAUCAUCUGGAUGUUGGAACUUCUGACUUGAAAGAAAUGCCAGAGUCAGAUCCAAUCCCUAAUAGUGAAGAAAAUGUCCUUACAUCUCAAAGCCGAAAGAGUACUCAUACAGGAAAGACUAAAAAGGAUGCACUUAGACAAAUCUCUCCAAACCAGAAAAAGAACACAUCCUGGAGAUCAAAAGCUGAAGAACUGAUGUUGUCAUGGUCUGGAUUGGAAACAAAACCAUCUGAUGAAGAGCAGCAUAAAACAAGGAUGCUGCUAAGUGAGGAUUUGCCUAUGCCCUCAACUAGGCAUCAGGAAGAGCAGACUGUGUCACAAAAAAAGUCUCUCAGGUCUUCCAAGAAUCUACAGUUGACUUCUGAAACUUCUCAGGAUUUAGGUAAGAAGAAACAAACUGCUGAGCAGAAACUUCCAAAAGUCGAAGAAGCUAAGAGAGGGACAGUAAAUCCAAGGAAGACUAGGAAAUAUGUCCAGCAAAGUAAUAGUAAAAAGCCUCAGUUAGAAAGAGAGGAGAGUUCUGACAGUGAAUCUGAUGAAGAAGAGCUUGAAAGAGAGCCUGUAGAAUUGAAUGAAGUGUGCACCACAUCCUUGACUCAGAAGUUGACUAGGUCUUCUGUUAAGAAGAAACAGACUGUCGAGCAGGAACCUCCAAAAGUCAAAGAAGCUAAGAGAGGGACAGUAAAUCCAAGGAAGAAUCCUAGGAAGUCAGUCCAGCAAAGUAGUAGUAAAAAGCCUCAGUUAGAAAGAGAGGAGAGUUCUGACAGUGAAUCUGAUGAAGAAGAGCUUGAAAGAGAGCCUGUAGAAUUGAAUGAAGUGUUCACCACAUCCUUGACUCAGAAGUUGACUAAGUCUUCUGUUAAGAAGAAACAGACUGCCAAGCAGGAACCUCCAAAAGUCAAAGAAGCUAAGAGAGGGACAGGAAAUCCAAGAAAGAAUCCUAGGAAGUCAGUCCAGCAAAGUAGUAGUAAAAAGCCUCAGUUACAAAGAGAGGAGAGUUCUGAAAGUGAAUCUGAUGACGAAGAGCUUGAAAGAGAGCCUGUAGAAUUGAAUGAAGUGUGCACCACAUCCUUGAAUCAGAAGUUGACUAAGUCUUCCGUUAAGAAAAAGCAGACUGCCAAGCAGGAACUUCCAAGAGUCAAAGAAGCUAAGAGAGGGACAGUAAAUCCAAGGAAGAAUCGUAGGAAAUCUGUCCAGCAAAGUAGUAGUAAAAAGCCUCAGUUAGAAAGAGAGGAAAGUUCUGACAGUGAAUCUGAUGAAGAAGAGCUUGAAAGAGAGCCUGUAGAAUUGAAUGAAGUGUGCACCACAUCCUUGACUCAGAAGUUGACUAAGUCUUCCGUUAAGAAGAAACAGGCUGCCGAGCAGGAACUUCCAAGAGUCAAAGAAGCUAAGAGAGGGACAGUAAAUCCAAGGAAGAAUCCUAGGAAGUCUGUCCAGCAAAGUAGUAGUAAAAAGCCUCAGUUAGAAAGAGAGGAGAGUUCUGACAGUGAAUCUGAUGAAGAAGAGCUUGAAAGAGAGCCUGUAGAAUUGAAUGAAGUGUGCACCACAUCCUUGAAUCAGAAAUUAGAGACUCCUGUGACUCAGAAAUUGACUAAAUCUAAAAAGCCUAGAAAUGUAUUACACACACCAGAAUCACCUGGUUGUGCAAAUAACAGAACUGCUUUAAAAGCCCUCCAGUAUCAAAUGGAGAGAGUGAAGAAUUCUGAAAAGAAACGGUUGUCUGCCAAGUCCUCAGGGAAGAUACCCAAUAAAAUUCCACGUAGAGCCAUUAAAGCUCUUUCCUCAAGCUCUGAAGAUACUGAGUCUCAAACAGAUUCUGACAGCUCUUCUGUACCGGAUGUGGCAAGGAAAAGACCUAAGUUACCAGAUGUGAAAAUAAAAAGUAACAAAAGAAAACGUGACAUGCAGCAUGGACCACAGGAUUCCUGUGUACCUGCAAAGAUUUUGAAUUGCGAGAGUGGGCCUGUUCUAGAAGACUCUGAUCUAUUUACAUCCAGCACUAAGUCUUCUGAACAGGAUGAUACAUAUUCAGAUAGUUCUGAAGAGAUGAAUUACAAAUUAAGACGUCUGUUGGCAGAUGAAGUAGCAAGGCAUAAAAUAGUUAUGCCUUCCAAUACACCUAAUGUUCGUCGGACUAAAAGGAUACGGCUGAGACCUCUGGAAUACUGGAGAGGAGAACGCGUAAAUUAUACUAUGGAUCCUUCAGGAGGGCUUGUGGUUAGUGGAGUAGUGCAUCCGGAAACAGAAUCUCUCACGAAGAGUAAAAAGAGGAAGAAGGAUCAUUCCAAGGAGAAGACAGAUACAAAUAGAGGAGAGGUGCCUGUAAUUUUGAACCACAGUGUAACUGGUGGGUCUGAACCAAUCAUUGUACGUGAUCCAGUAACAAAUGAGGAAGUGCUGCUAGAUUGUAUAAGAACCGCAAACUGUGUUUCUUGCCAUCGAAAGGAUGAAGCAGCAGAAGUAUACAAAGAUUUGAGUACGUCUCAUUUUGCAACUGGUGUAUUGAUUCUGAAACCAUUGAGAGUAAAAGGGCGCCAGUUUGUCUACAAAAAUACAAUAGUUUUCCGCAUUCUCCGUGGCGAAGUUAUUGCAACAAUACAUAAGGCAUCAUACUAUCUGUCUACAGGGGACUGCUUCUAUGUUCCAGCAGGGAAUGAAUAUGACCUAUAUAAUCCUCGGAAUGAGCCAAGUGUUUUUGUCUUCACACAAUUCAAACAGAGAUGAAGAACUUUCUGCAAAGAAGUUUUCUUAAGCAUUUGGCAAGGUUUUGUAUGUUCUGAAGUUCUUUUUACAUACAAAAAUGUUUGAGCGGGCCCACCCUAAGUUUACAAAUAAAUACAUAGUACCUGAAAUCAACAUAAGAAGAGUUGAGGAAUAAAACCCAGAAGAAAGUUGGUAGUUUGCUGUCAAACUGAAAUGACAUAAUUAAAGGGCCUUUGUUUUCUUCAGUUACUGUUCUUAAGCCGUUGACAGAACAUGUAAGUUUGAAGUGUGUGGGUAUAUUUGUUGUUCCAAGUUGUAUCAAUAUGCUUAAUCUCCCUAAAGGUGCUUAGCACUUGAACAAACUCUGGCAUCUUCAGCUAAUAUCUGAUACGUAGUCCUAAGGACUGCCUGGUAGAAUCUGCUUAGAGUAAUCACUGGUUAAAUGACAAACCUGCUGUUUGCAUUCCAGUAAUUGUCUAGGAGAUGGGCUGCUGUAAGGCAGCUGUGCUGUCGCAGAUGGUACAUAUAGCAUUUGUCUCCCAAGCUCUUCAAUAUUCCUUCCGGCUGAAGAUAAGGUUAAACUACAGCUAUUCUCGUAUGCUGCUUUCUCUGGUCUUUGCUAUCCUUGAAGAGAAGGAGAAAUGGAAAAUUGAAUUGGAAUUGUGAACUUCUAAGGACUUGAGAAUUGAACACUAACUUUGUAACCAGUCUUGGCCAUGAUCUUUAUGCUAAAUAUGGAGUAUACAUUAAAGGAGGAAAGAGGAAUUGGCUUUCAGCUGUCAGCUAACUUCCUAUGCCUAUGAAAGGGCUUGGACACCAAGAUUACCAUGCCAUUGUGAAAUAUCAUUUGGAUUGGGAAAUUUAAACUAAUACUCAAAUACUGUUAUUCUCUUUCAAGCAGUAGUUCCUAUGGUUAGUACAUAUAUAGACUGACAGUGGAAGUACUUCACAGAAGUUGUGUGCUCUCUUUUCAUUCAUGGUGGAAAGUUCUUUUUUCCCCACCUCAACUUUUGUAAGCAGUUUAAAAGUUAAAAAAACAAGAGAGUCAUUUAGUUACUAGAUAUAAAUUUGAUGUUGGCAGCUUUUCUAAAUUUUGGCCUUGGGUUGGUCUCUUCAAAGUGAGCAAGAUUCAAAUAAUGUCCCUCCUGUGCUGGAGCCAUACCAGUUACCAGAUGGGCACAUUUGUUGUCUCACUGCUUGAGGGAAUCCCACCCACUAAAAUGUUUAGUUUUUAAGUCUUUGAACUCGUUAGGCCUACAGAGAUGUGGAACUUUGUCACUUGGAAAAAGCACAGGUAUAGGAUUAAAACCAAAGACUGCUUCUAACCCAAGCAGGUCUCCCAGCAGUCAGGCCAUGGAUGAGAUGGUCUCUCCCAGCAGCAAGUUGGUUCCAGUUGAAAAUCAGAACAAGAAAACUUUUCAGGGAGUUCUGAACAAAAAUACCCUGCACAUUCUUUUCCGUGUUACCUGUCUGCAAAUUGGAUAGCAGAAGGAUGGAUAGGAUACUUAAGGGGUUAGCGUAGGGACUUUAUGUGAAUGGACCACAGGACUCAUGGUCCUAAAGGAGAGUGUGGGUGGAUGCUGUGGCAGAGCUCAGCAGGCUGCUGCUUGCCAGGAAUGUGUUUUCAUUUGGUGGGCUGGGAUGAGAAGUGAUGACAUCACCCAUGUCAUAUCAGGCACUGAUGUGUCUUUGCCCAUUGCAACUUGGCAGCAAGGUCGUGAGGCAGUUUUCUUUUGAGUCAAGAGAACUAAGUCCUUCAGGAUGCUUUCUUAAGAAGAUUAAUGUGUGCAGACCUUUUCCUGACACAGGCUGGAAAGUGCAGAUGUUCAAGUGCAGGUUUCAGGUCAGCAUACUUGUUUGUGUUUUCCUAGUUCUGUGGCUGGGAGUUUCAGAAGAACAGGGCAGAUUUAGUAAAAUAUGUCACUUUUUAGGCUGGAUAGUUUUGUUGCUCUCUGGCUGGUUGGUUUCUUGACAGAAAUGUCCUGUGUAGUUUGCAGGCAACUUUUUUUUUUUUUUUUUUUUUUUUUUUUAAGAAGCACUAUCAGGUUUGCCGAGGGAUGUUCUCUGGAAUAUUGCUCUGGUUUAACAGCAAUUCUAUUAUUUGUCUGUAGAUGGGGCUUCAAGCACAGCCCUUAGUCCUUUGCAGGCCUCUGUCUGGUUUUUGAAAGGCAGGAAGAAAAGUCUGUUAGAGAUGAAGAUAAAUUCAGUUGAAUUAUCUUGCAAGGAGAUGUAAAUCAGUUGCCCUUCACAGUAGAACUUAACUACUGAACGUUGCUAAGUUCAUUCAGUUACAUGGACGUUGUACUUGUUGCAUUCACUUGCACAAAAUUGUUCUUUAAAACAUCAGUGCACUGCAGGACCUGGGUUGUUUACUGUUAGUCUGGAUUGCAUUGCAAAUGUUUUUCUUCAACUUGGCACUUGUUAGAAAUUUGCUGCUGUGUCAUUAGCCUAAAUGCAGAGGAGAAGCAGGAGAAUGUUCUGAGUGCCAGGACUCCUGUGGCUGCUGAGUUGUGCAGUGUGCCAGUCAAUAAUCAGUUGUUACUCAGAAGCAGCAGCUGAUGUUUCACCUCUGCCUGGUCUUGUUUUGGUUCCUACUUCCUACAUUUUUGUAUACAGCAGGCCAAAUAGGAUAUUGCAAGGAAAUAAGCCGUUUCUGAAAUGUGACAAGUUAGUGUUUUUCCUGCGUAUGUGUGAUUCUUUUUGCCAGCCUAUUUUUCACUGUGCUCAGUAAUCUCACUUCCACUGGCUACUGUGGAUUAGCCAGGUGGUUGUGGAGCUGGGCUAAAGUUGGUUAACCAGUGUUACCUGUUGUAAAGUUGGAAUCUUUGUCUUCAAAGAGACAUGGCAUUUUCUGUUGUCUUUGACAUGCACUUACUGUUCGUGGAAGAUACAUAUUAAUAUCCUAGUGGAUAGCCCUGUUUCUGUGUUUUAAUUAAUUGCUUUUUA